AUGCCUUCAAGUCCGGCCUUCGUGCUCGUUCCUGGAGCCUGGCAUCGUGCCACUUGCUACGACCGGGUGCGCGACAUUCUCAAAGCUAAACAUGACAUUGAAUCCUUCGCCGUGACGCUCCCCUCCACGUGUGGUGAUCCCAAUGCCACCCUCAAAGACGACAUCGACGCCACGCGGGCGAUCAUCACUGAUCAACUAAGCAAGGGCCGCGACGUUGUGGUGGUCGCUCAUUCGUACGGUGGCGUGGUCGGCAACAGCUCCAUCAAGGGGCUGACGAGACCGAAAUCAGGGGGUCAUCGCGAACCCGACAGCGAAGUUCGCGAUCAAGGACAUGUCAUCGGGCUGGUCUUGCUCACCACGGGCUUCAUAUUCACCGGCCUCGCCAUGAUGGAUCCGUUCUGCGGCCUCCCGAUGCCGUUCUUCCGCAAGAAUACCAACACCGGCUUUGCGGAGCUGCGCGGCUCUCCGAUCCAUCAUUUCUACCACGAUCUGCCCCGCGAUGAGGCGAACGCCGCGGUGGGACAGUUGAUGCCGCACAGCCUCAAGUCGCUCUACGAAGGCGGCGAGCAUGCCUACGCGGGCUGGCAGGACGUCCCCGUGUGGUACAUCGCCGCCACCCGCGAUCAAGUCCUCCCGAUCGCCGCCCAACGUCUGGGAGUCGGGCUCGCGAGGGGUCAAGGCGGCGACGUCACGGUGCGUGAGAUCGAGUCGAGCCAUUCCCCGUUCUUGAGUCGACCGGAGGAGUUCACCGGAAUCCUCGUCGCCGCCGCCGCCGAGUUCGGGCGCAGUGGUGUCGAUGUGGAGCAUUCCCGGCGCCGCCGCGAGGCUCAGCUGGUCGGACUCUGGCCGCAGAGGUGGCUCCGCGCUGGCCUUUUCAUGGGCACGGGCGAGAUGAUCGGGAGGGUCAUUGCUGGUGUCGUCUGGCUCCGGAGGCUGUGGCGAUCAUGA